AUGGAGAUGGUAGCGAGGACUCUGGGCAAUGACACCCGUGGGUGGAUUCUCUGUAUCAUCAGCGGGAUAGCCUGCCUCUUUGGCGCGUCUAUCAUCUGUGUCGAUGCGAUUGUCAGACUUUUCCCCGGCAAGCGGAAUUUCCGCAUCGAGGAGAGCAACGUCUUCUUGGCUUGCUCUCUGAGUCUCAGCUUUGGCGUCAUGCUCUUUUCGUCGUUAUACAGCAUGUUACCCGAGUCGAAGCGAUACCUUAUCAACGAUGGCUGGGCCGACCGUACUGCUGGCCUUAUUAUGAUGGCGUGUUUUGUUGGCGGCUUUUUUGGUAUCCAAAUAAUCUCGAGGUUGCUGCAUCAAUAUAUCCCUUCUCACGUCGUUGGGUGCGAUCAUACCCACGCGGGUGCUUCGGCUAGUCAAAAACGUUCCCGUAGCCAUAGCCAUAGCCAUGGUCAUGGCGAUAGCCACGAUCAUCGUCAUAGCCGGAGAAGCCUGUUCCGCAACCGAUCUUCCCACGCGCACGAACACAAGACCAUUAAAUACGGCACCGCAAUUUCUGCCUCCGAGUCAACCCCUCUUCUGACGACUAGCGACCCAGAAGCGCUUAGAAGGCACGCAUCUGCGAGGGGAGACGAGAUGGAAGAGCGACCUCCUACCCCGCUAAACGUACGAGGCCGUGCAAGGACCGAUGACCCUAAUGCCAUGCGCAAGCCUUCCAUCUUCCAAGUACAAAAGCGAGUCAUGUCUUUUGUCAAGGAUACAAAGUGCGGUUGCGACGAAUCAGGCUCCUGCUAUGGCUACACCGACCCAUGCGGCCAGGAAUGUUUCAAACAUUUGACCACUCAUCCAACUCAAGGGUCCAGCCGAGCAUCCGUGCUACAAACUACAACGGGUCCUUUUUAUCCCCACACAGGUUCCAUUUUCCAAGGGGGACGACCUCAGCCCGACGAAGAGCUCGGUGAAGAAGGCGCUGGCCCUCACUUUCGAACGAGUCGGGCCACUUCGCGUGAGCCACUGAGUCUGGACGAGGAUGAUACCAUUGACGGCCAGGGCGAUAUAUCUUCAUCGACAGAGGAUGUUGAUGAGGCCGAUGAACACCACCACCACGUACCCACAAAUGCCUUUCUCUCUAUCGGUCUGCAGACUUCUAUAGCUAUCGCUCUUCACAAAUUCCCCGAGGGUUUCAUUACCUAUGCGACGAACCAUGCAAGCCCUGCUUUGGGCUUCAAUGUGUUCAUGGCACUUUUCGUGCACAAUAUAUCAGAGGGUUUUGCCAUGGCAUUGCCUUUAUACAUGGCUCUUGGCUCGCGGUGGAAGGCUAUGAUCUGGUCUUCCCUCUUGGGUGGUCUAUCGCAACCCAUGGGCGCAGGUUUGGCCGCUUUGUGGUUCGGCCUUGCCAGCCACAACAACGUCAAGCCCAGCCCAGUAGUUUAUGCAUGCUUGUUUGCCAUUACCGCUGGCAUAAUGGUCAGCGUGGCACUCCAGCUGUUUGUCGAGAGCCUGAGCCUUAACCACAAUCGGAACCUGUGUAUCUUCUUUGGGUUCAUCGGAAUGGCGAUCUUAGGUCUCAGCAAUGCUUUGUUUGGGGGACAUUAA